AUGGCGGAGUUGGCGACAGGGGAAGGGCCGCCGCGGGGCCGCACGCCUAGCCCACUCCCGCUCCCCGGGCCGCCUAGUCCUCGCACGGCUGCAGCUCCCGCUUGUCCGGAACCUUCCGCGCCCGAGAAAGUUCUGCCGGGAGGCGGCGGAGGCUCGAAAUGGGUCCGGCUCAACGUGGGAGGCACCUACUUCGUGAGCACCCGCCAGACGCUCUGCCGCGAGCCCAAGUCUUUCCUCUGCCGCCUCUGCUGCCAGGAGGGGCCGGAACUGGGCUCCGACAAGGAUGAGACGGGAGCAUAUCUCAUUGAUAGAGACCCCACGUAUUUUGGUCCGAUCCUGAACUACCUCCGACAUGGGAAACUCAUAAUAAAUAAGGAGCUCGCAGAAGAAGGUGUGCUGGAGGAAGCUGAAUUUUACAACAUUGCAUCUCUAGUACGGCUUGUAAAGGAGCGAAUACGAGACAAUGAAAGCAGAACUUCUCAAGGUCCCGUCAAGCACGUGUACAGAGUUUUGCAGUGUCAAGAGGAAGAGCUCACCCAAAUGGUGUCUACUAUGUCUGAUGGCUGGAAAUUUGAACAGCUGAUCAGUAUUGGCUCUUCCUACAACUAUGGAAAUGAGGACCAAGCAGAAUUCCUCUGUGUCGUAUCCCGAGAGCUCAAUAACUCUACCAACGGCAUCGUCAUAGAGCCUAGUGAGAAGGCAAAGAUUCUUCAGGAGCGAGGAUCGCGGAUGUAAGCUGAGCAUCCGACACUUUACAACUCCCAGAUGUCAAAAGGGCGAUCUAGCUGGGCAGAGCAUUUCUCCUGCAGUCCAACCUUGCUUUUGUACAGUAAUCAAAAAUAACACAAAGCAAAGCUGAGCCUGUCCUGCCAAUGGAGAAUUAAUCCUGGAAAAAUCCAAAGGCUUGUCCCACUCCAGUUGCAGAAAACAAAAUGGAAAGAAAAGACUCUUCCAGCCUAGUAGCCCCCUUUCUAUUCUGCCCUUUUCUCCUUGGCAGUAAUAUCAUUUCCCCCCUAAUAAUAGGUGGGCUUAUUUCUUGUUUUAUUGUGAGGGAUGUCCAGGCAUCUUUAGUUUGGAGUUAAUGAUGAGGAGCAUUGGUUGAACAGUGUCAUUUCUUAUACCUAAGUUUGGAAAUUUGUCCAAGUUAGAUUCACCCAGAUGCAAUGAAAAUGAAUUUGAGGGUGUCUAAUUGGGG